GAGAUAUCUUGACAACCUCACAGCAAUUGGGCCCAGAACAGUUGGAAGUCCAGAAAAUGAAGUUCUUGCAGUUAACUACCUCUUAGAACAAAUUAGGGCAAUAGAAAGAGAAAGCACAGGUGCUCACAAGGUAUCUGUAGACGUGCAGAGGCCCACAGGCUCCUUCAGCAUUGACUUUUUAGGAGGCUUUACUAGUUACUAUGCAAACAUCACCAAUGUCGUCGUGAAGCUGGAGCCCCGAAACGGCGCCGAGCACGCAGUGUUAUCCAACUGCCACUUUGAUUCCGUACCGAAUACCCCGGGUGCCAGUGAUGAUGCUGUUAGCUGCGCAGUGAUGCUUGAAAUACUUAACACGCUUUCAAAAUCAUCAGAGCCCCUGCAGCAUGCGGUCAUAUUCUUAUUUAAUGGUGCAGAAGAAAAUAUUUUGCAGGCUAGUCACGGCUUCAUUACACAACAUGAGUGGGCCAAAUCAGUUAGAGCUUUUAUUAACCUGGAGGCAGCAGGUGUAGGAGGAAAAGAACUUGUUUUUCAAACAGGACCAGAGAAUCCUUGGUUGGUGCAAGCAUACGUCGUUGCAGCCAAACAUCCCUUUGCCUCUGUGGUGGCACAGGAAAUAUUUCAGAGUGGUGUUAUCCCAGCAGAGACGGACUUCCGCAUCUACAGGGACUUCGGCAACGUUCCAGGAAUAGAUUUGGCUUUUAUUGAAAAUGGCUACAUUUAUCAUACAGAAUAUGACACAUCAGACAGAAUUUUAACAGACUCCAUUCAAAGAGCAGGUGACAAUAUUCUAGCUGUCCUAAAAUACCUAGCAACAUCAGAUAAGCUGGCUAAAUCUUCUGAGUAUCGACAUGGAAGUGUUGUGUUCUUUGAUGUACUUGGUUUAUUUGUCCUGGCCUACCCUGCUCGUGUUGGCACCAUCAUCAACUAUAUUACAGCAGCAAUUGCUUUUCUUUACUUAAGCAAGAAAGUAUUACAGCCCAAAACCAGAGCUGUCCAUAACCUGAAGAAAUUCUUUACUGCGUUCGGCUUAACACUGCUAAGUUGGGUCUGCACCCUGGUGGCGGUCCUUUCCGUGGCUGUGUUCAUCUCCAUCAUUGGAAGGUCCCUCUCUUGGUACACACACUUCUAUGUCUCUGUGUUUCUGUAUGGCAGUGCAGCUGCAGCUAAGCUCGUUCUUGUGCAUACACUGGCCAAGAAGUUCUUCUACAAGAAUGCGAAUGAGCAGUACCUGGGAGAUGCUUUUUUUGAUGCCUCAUUGAUGAUUUGGUCUACAGCAUUGGCUGUGAUUACUCAGAUGGGCCUUUGUUCAGCAUUCAUUUGUACAUUAUGGGUAGCAUUCCCUUUACUCACUAAGCUGAUGAUUCAUAAAGAAUUCAGCCAAAAAGGUGCCACAGUGAAGUUUAUCAUGAUGUACAUGCUGGGAAUGUUUGUUCCCUAUCUGUAUAUGAUGUAUCUUAGUUGGACUGUAUUUGAAAUGUUUACACCUGUUAUGGGACGAAGUGGUUCAGAAAUUCUACCAGACGUGGUGGUGGCAGGAUUUAUUGUGGUCAUCACUAUGAUUCUGUCAUCCUAUUUUAUUAACUUCAUUUACCUUGUCAAAAGUACAAAAAUUACGUUGGUAUCUUCAACAGCUGUGUUUGUAGUCACUCUGAUCCUCGUUUGUAGUGGAAUCUUCUUUUCCUACAGUUCUGAUGCAGCUAGCCCAAAGCCUAAGCGAGUCUUUCUCCAGCACACGAGCAGAAGAUUUCAUGAUCUAGAUGGGAAUGUGGUUAAAAGCGACUCUGGUAUAUGGAUUAAUGGAUUUGAUUAUAAUGGAAUAUCUCACAUAACUCCACAUGUACCUGAAAUCAAUGACACCAUUAGAACCUCAUGCGAGGAGCAGGCUCCUUUCUGUGGCCUUCCGUGGAUUUUGCCAGUGCAUUUCAUGUUCCGGUUGGUGUGAACACUGCUUCA